AUGGAGGGGCCGGGGGCGCGGCAGCGGGAAGAGGAUCCGUUGGAGCCACUCCUAGGCCCGGAGAUAACGGUGGCUGCAGGUGACUGCACAUGUCAUGAGGAAGAAGAGCUUGUGAAGGGAGGGAAAAUUGUGAAUUGGAGGCCUAGAAAAGGCCGUUUGGCAAGGAACGUUUCUGAUGGCGAGUCUCACCAGAGUAGAUUUUCUCAUUGCCCUUGCUAUGAAAGUGACACUACUCAUUCAGAUUCCUCGGGGCCUCCUAUUAAAUGUCUUCGUGACUUUGAUGACUUCCAGAGUGACCUUGAGGACUGGGAGUUGGAUGACGAAGCCUGCAUUGUAUCUUUCCCUGAGCUGAAAAUUGAUUCUCAGUAUGAGGAAGAGGACUGGGAUAAAGAAUUGGAGGAUGCUGAAUGUAAUCCAUACGAUGCGGAAGAUAUCGACUGUGGUAGUCUUCAGGAAAAUUGUCUAUUGGCAUCAUGUGCACGGCAAGAAGAAUCAUUGUAUAACCCCAGGUGUCACCAUGCAGCUCCACUCUCUCUGAGUUCGCCAAAUAGAAUGCCUGAGGUUGGCCAGUUUGAUGAUGCAGAUGACUGA